GCUUCCCCCUCCCCCCUUCCUCGAUACCCAAGCAGCCGUACCCGUCCCCUCUUUUUUCUUCUAGUUGUUCGGUGGCCUUGGCGUGUUUCCCCCCUCUUCCUCCCGCCUCGGCGUCACUGACGGUGCUCUUCUUUUGGAACGUGGCCCUAAUACUUCUUUCCUUACCCCCUUUCAUCGCCGCUUGUUUCGAGUCAAAAGCUGCCUCCUCGCCGUUGGAGGUCUUGGGGCAGGCACCCCGGCCGCUGCUCGUGACAGUCUGUGGUGCCCUUCUCCCGCGUUGAUCGUCCAGCUCACCUCCUUCCCCCCUCUUCUCUGGCAAGCCAGCCGGCUCACCGUCCAGCACCGCAAAGCGCAAAGGACGCAAAAAAGCUGGCAAGCAACUCACACCUUCAUUCUCUACACCCCGCACAGCUCCUUUCACCCAUGCCCAACAGCCAUGCACACUAUGCACCACCACCACCGCCGCGCCCGCGCCGAGGCUUGGGCUGAAGCUGGGGCGCACAGAGAUGACGCUGACGCAGGCGCAAAUGCGAAUCGCAGGACGAUGCGCGUUCGCCGGGAAACGAUGACGAUCCCCGUCGCCAAAGAAGCAGCAGCCGGUGCAGGCGCUAGCUCGCCCUCCCGCUUGGAUGUGACCUCCUCGGACCUCCCUUCGCCCGUCGACCAGCUCCUCCGCCCUAUCCCGCCGUGCCUGCGCAUCGUCGAUCCACACCGCGCUGGUGCUGCACAGAUAGACGCCUUUGCCGUGCUGUACAAUCCCGUGACUGUCGCGCCGCUCCUCGCCGUCGGCUCUAUCGGUCUCGUCCUGCUGGCGCGCGCGCUGCUCAAGCGCGGACAACCGUAUGCGCUGCACAACAAUCUCUUGACCGCCCUCCUGCUUCUCGUACUCCUCGCUGGCAUCUUUGACCUUCCGCAGUCCGUCGGCAGCACCAGCAUCCGUGCGCUCGGUACGCUCGCGUCCCUCUGUCGUGCAAUCGCCACCGGCUCGCUCUGGUUUGCGUGGCUUGCCGCGAUGCUGGCGCGCCGCAAGCAUCCAGGCGCCGUACCCGGGGCCAGGAGUGUGCCGAGCAGGCUUGCAAUGUACCGACACCAGCAGGGACUGCACACCGUUCCCCUGCCGACGCACGCAGCUGCGAUGCAGAUGCCGCUGCCGUUCCUUGUCCCCGUGUCGCCGUUCUCUCCCUCGCCUCAUGCACAGCGCCACGCCAGCACCGCAGGCCUCCCCGCGGCGCAUCGCGGCCUAGGCAGCGCGCCAAGCAACAUCAAAGCCGCAGCGCGCAGCGUCCAGAGGCGCCUCCACCGUGACGCGGUCACCCUACUCGCCGUCGCCGCCGUCCUCGUCGCCGCUCUCGACUUUGCCGCGCAUGCAGCGCUACCGUUACGCGGUGGCGCCAACAGCAUGGGAGACGUGGCCGCGAUGAACGCGGCACUGCUCGCGCCGUCCAUCGCGCUCGAACGCGCCGCCGCUUCGCUCGCGGCGCUCGUGGCACUGUUUUUCGCGCGCCGCUUUGUGCGCCACGCGCGCUGGUUCUGGCGCCGCGCGGCGCGGACGCGAAUGAGGGCGACAAACAGGCGCUGUCGUACCACCGCCGCCGCGGAGGGUCAGCUGGCACUCUCACGCCCGCCACCACACCGCGCUGCAAAGCUGGAUCAGCUUGGCGCUGGUGAUGCCGGCGCAGACGCUGUGGAGCCUGUCCAGCGAGAGGAGAUGGCAGAGGCGCAGCCCCCCCCUCCAAUGGCGGCGGCGGCAGAGGAUUCCUAUGCGCCACUCUACUUUGUCGGGCGAGACGACUGUGGCGACGUCGGUGCCGUGCCUUCUCCUGCUCAUGCUCGUCAAGGGAACAGGCGCCGUCAGCAGCAGAGCUCAGGCAGCGGUGGCAUUGGACUCGGAUUCGCAUACGCUCGCACCUUGCCCCCUCUUCCGGCGCCUCGGCUGCAUGCCGCAGCGCCCAAACCCACAUCGUCGCCGCUGCGGCACGUCUUUUCCUUCUCCUUCUCCUUCUCCACUUCGCCCUCCUCUGCUUUCGGCACGUCCUCGACUCUGUCGAGGCGCCCUAAGGAGCUGGAUGUGCGCGAGCGCGAGUGCAUCCAAAGGCACGGGGCGUGUGAGGAAAAGGAGCCAGGUCCGCCAGAGCGGCCAAGCGCGCAGCGAGCGGGAGCCGACGAUGCGCGGAGCCUUGCUGCGCUGCACAUGCGCCUCCUUGCCUGCGCUUUGGCGCUGCUCGCCAUCGCACUCGCCUUUGCACUCGCCCUCGCCGGCAUCGCUAUGCCUUUUGUUGCCGACGUCGCGGCCGGCCGUGUGUGGCUCGCACUUCAGCUCGCGCUCGCAUGCGCCGCCAGCGCCUCCAGCGCGCGCGCCGCUGCACUGCUGCCGUGCCCCCACUGCGCGUGCUGUCCGGGUUUGCUGCGGUGUGACGGCGAGGGCGGCGAUGACGACAACGACGAUGAUAGCGGCUGUGACGCGGCGGCCGAUGCUGACGCAUCACUCUACUUCUUCGUACCGCCGCGCGGCAUCGAGGCGUACAGCGUUCGGCGUCUGAGCGGUACGCGUGCGGAUACGGAUGUGGAUGCACGCAGUGACCGCGGUCGCUCCAUUGCUGUGCACGGCCACGCCGCCGUGCCACAUGCGGUCGUCGAUCUGAGAAAUGCGAACGACCGAAGGGCACGUGACAUGGGCAUGGGUAGCCGCAAUUAUCGCCAAGGCUCCUCGAGCGACGGACACGUCGUCGUGCUCGAGAAUGUGCGCCUGCCUCCGCAGAAGCAGUUGCAGCUGCCGCCGCGCUUUUACGUUCGCUCGUUGCCGCCUCCGCCUUUGCCAUCCAAGGGCGAGAAGAAUGAGCCGUCUUGUUCGCCGGCUGCUACUACUGCUGCUGCGGACGCGGGUGCGAAGCACAAGGAUAGCAAUCUCCCUCACCAGCACCAACACCAGGGCGAUGGAGCCACAGCGGACAUGUAUCGUCUCUCGCCGUACUGGCAGUCCGUCUGGAUCACGGGCCCUAGUGACAUUGAUUCCGUACUGCCUGCCGCUGCGCCUGACCCGAACGCCGGCGACGCAACUUGGCGCCGUCCAACGUUCUUUUCUUUCAGCAUGGAUCUCUACGGUCGCGACAUUCCCCUCGACGCUGCAGGCGCUGCCGCUCGUGUAGGUGCUCGCAAUGUUGGCAGGAACGAUGCAGGCGUGCCGCUGCGCCAUUCCAUGCCCGCGCUGCAGCUACACUCGCAGGGCGACGCGGGUCGCAUCGACCACGCAACUGCUGCUCUCGCUUCCCUCUUGUCACCAUCGCAUAAUGACAGGGGCAGCCAUGGCAACGUGAGCCUUUUCCCGCGACUCGUGCUGCCGUCGUCCCCCAUCUCGCCCAUGUUACUCUCGCCGCCGACGCCAGCAGCGCUGCUGCUCGACCGGCCCGAGAAUGCGCGUCUGUCUGCCGAUGUGCCGUGCGACGAGAGCCAAGCGGCCUCGCCCGGCGGCCGCGGUGCGGUGCGCAAGAGGACGCCCAACCUCGUGCGCUCGCCAUCGCCUCUCGCAUCAGCACUGGACAUCAACGUCGAUGAUGUCGGGACAACGACAACGACGGCGGGACAACGUCGCUCGUCGCGUCUUUCUGCCGCCAGUGCCGAGAAUGCCGUCAUCAAAAAUGCCGUCGUCGAGACGCUCAAGUGCGCCAAUACCAUCAGCGUCGUCGGAUCCAACGGGUCGUUGUCCCGCAAGUCUUCGCGUAAGCGCCAGUCUCCCGUAAAAGCUGAUGCGCAACAAACGCAACAUCUUAAUGGGGUUGAACGCAGCUCGGUGCCCUUCCCGCGCGCGGGUACCCCGUCGCCGCUGUCGCCAGCGACUGGCACGACGGACACAAGCUUCCGUGGCAGCGGCAGCGGCUUCGGCUGCGCCCAUGGCCUUGGCUCCGGCGGUAUCGGCGCGCAGCAUGCGGAGCAAGCUAAGCACAAAAAAUCGGACAUGAAUCCCAACGUGCUCAACCAAUUGGGCAAUCACUUAAUCGCCCCAGGCGAGACGAGGUCGUCAUCAGCGAUGUCAGCUGCACAGGAGCUCACCCGCAACGCGUCUAUCCGAACGCUGACGUCGCUGCUUUCACGCAACAGUUCCAGCUCGCGUCGGGCUUCGUCGAUCGGGACCGUACAGGAAGAAGACGGAAAGCGCAUUGUCCAUUCACUCGCAGCACGCGCAUCUAUCAUCAGACGUUUCCCCACUCCGCCCGACGCGGCUGCGGCUGGUGCUGAUGCUGUUGCUGUUGCCACGCCUGCGUGUGCUUUGCAGCGUCCGGAUGUCACUCGUCUUGACCUUCCCGCUGCGCGGCACUCGUUCACUGCCAUCCACGAUGCGACUUUUGACGCGGCCGAGGUUGGCCAAGGGGAGGAUGACGACGAUGAUCAGACGCCAACGGCGCAAUGUCACGCACCUUUUGCCGACCCGCUCUCCACUGUGGACGACGAUGAACCCGUCCUUCCGGGCAUCCCUUCGCUAGUUGUCAGGGGGCCUUCCAUCGUCAGUAGAGACGUACGCGCGCAGCACACCCAGUCCGUCCAGUCACAGACCUCUCACAUCUCCGUGACCAGCUUCGUCGCGCGCCUGGCGCAGGGCUCGGGAGCUAAUCCUCGCUCAUCUGUUGCCGUUUCCGAGGCUGCGAUGGAAAGUAGCAGACCAGAUACGCCCAUUACAUCCCCCGUUAUUAGCAAGAAGGCCCCAGGUGGUGCUCCUGAAGACUCGGGUUUGAGGCCUGUCUCGCUCCCUCCACAUUCCCACCCCGCUGCCUCCGAGGGGCGGCGCAGCAUCGCAAGCAGCUCUCGCUCCGCUUUAAGCAGCUGCAAUUCUUUCGCCACUGCAGUGACGAACAUGAGCCCCCGCAGCAGCUGUUCAGACGUCUCGCACAGAUUCUUCCGGGCUGAUGGUACCAAAGCCGCUCAUUCGCCUUGACGCAUACAGGCCCGCUGGCGUGCCUGAAGAAACUCGCAGCUGGUUCUGCGAUUUGACAUGUUUCACUUUUGACCCUACCUCAUCAGCCACGCUCUUCGCAGUUCACAGAUACCUCCAUUUCCAUCAAGCCGCAUUCAUCGCCCACAAUAAUCAAAGCAUCGCACAGGUGAUCAGAGCACACAUGUAGUUUCACGGUUCAUAAUAUACAGGGAUUGCCUGGCG